AUGAAGCCAAUUGAAUUAGUUUGUCUAAUUUGUACUUUUUUAUAUCUUAAUUUCCAAGUUACUCUGGCAAAUGACACUCAGGCUAGUCUUAUUGAACAAGAAAAGCUGUAUAAAAUAGGGAUAGAAGAAAAUGAGUAUGACAAAGUAGCGGAUGAAAAUUGGGUUAAUUUUACUCCAGAAAAAAGAUGCCAGCUAAUAAUAGAUAAAUUGGAAAACGAUGUAAAAAGAUCGGCUUCAAACGCAAAAGAAAACUUAAUAGUGUAUACAAUUCUUAGGCCUGUUCCUGUAGAUGAUUCUGGAGCAUGUUUUAAAAGGAUUAUAUUAUGGCACUUUGAGAAGGUUGAGUUAGUUAAGAGUAAUAAAAGUAUACUUAAUUAUGAAGAUAUCAUUCCGGUUAGGUUAUUACUAUUGGGGAUGUCUCCCAAUCAGAUUGAAAAAGAGCCGAGAGAUUUAGCAGAAAUUCCAGAAUUUCUAGAAAUAGCAUGCAAACAAUUACUUUCUCAAAAACCAAGAAUGAGAUGGCCAUUGUCUGGUGCAAGAUACCACCCAUAUAUUUCAAAUAUUUUAGGAUUUCAAAAAGUUUGGAUUUAUCGCGUAAGUGAAUUAUUAUCAGCAUGUGCUCAACACACAUAUCAAUCUUCCAAUGGAUAUAUGAUAAUGCUUUUGGUUUCAACAGAGCAAAUGGUUGACGAUAGUAUUUUUGGAGAUUACCAGAAUGCUUGGAAGGGUAGGUAUGGCCAAAAGAAUAAAGAAGAAAUCAUACUUGAUAUGGAUAAUAAAGGUAAAAACACUGUAAAGCCAACUCCUGCGGUGAUUGGAGGUGAAAAUACACAAGGACGUAAAGUCAUUGAUUUUGAUAUUCCAGAAGAUGCAGAAAAAAUUAAUACCAACGCAAAUUCUCCUGAUUCAUCACAGAAUGUAGUUGAUAUUGAAGUAAUUAAACCUCCAAAUCGUAAUAGGGUGGUAUAUUCUCCAGAAAAACUUCCGGUUUAUGAGAUUCCUAAUUCAGUUACUUCAGAGAUAUGUAUAGAAGUUGGAACAAAAGAAAUUCCAGGGUUAUCAAAAUACAAACAAUUUCCGAUAUCAAAUUUCAAUACUGAUGGUUUUUCUUCUAUUAUUGUUCCUCCAAAUAGAAUAUUAGAAACACCGGAAUAUACGGUAAUACAACCGGAUGAUAGAGCUAGUAUAAACUUGCUCGAGUAUAGAAACUUUUGGAAAAGGCCCAAUUAUGUAAACAAAUAUAGAGAUGUAGAUUCUCUACACGAUUAUUUGAUUGAAAGAACAAAUCUAUAUUGGCCAGAAACAUCAAAUAAUUAUUUGGAAUUUGAAAAUGAAAAGUUUGUUAGACCACUUAUUCAAAAUAGGAUCGAAAAUGAUGAGAUCGAACCAGAUUCUCAGUUAAUGAUAAACCCAAGACUAGGGGGAUACUUGGAAAAUCAGUAUAUUGGUGGUGAAGAACCAUUAAUUCAGCCAUUCCAGAGCUCUGAAUUGGCAGAUUCAUAUGACUAUGGAUCACCUGAAAAUGACCCACAAAUUCAAAGACUUGCUUACUUUGAUAAUAAUGAGUUAUCUGAAGAUGAAAGAAGUACAAUAGAUGAAAGCCCAGAUAAAUUUUUUUCAUUUCCAGUUCAAAGGAAAGGUGGUAAUUUGAAUAUUUAUAAGGAUCCUCUAUUAAAGGUAAAUUUUCAAGGAAUGACGGGAAGGAGAGUAAAUAAGCAACCAUUUUUGAAUUUUGAAGCAGAUGAAUCGUUUCAAGAUAAAGAUUCUUCUCAAGAUGAUGAUAAUUCAGUUUCAUAUUCCAAGUUUAGAGAUGCAGCAAGGACUGCUAUUGUAAAAUGGUAUAUAGGUGAUGAUAAUGAAGGAGACAAUCAUUUAACAGGUAAAGACAGAAGAGCAAUAAAGAAGUUGUUUUCUUAUAUAGAAGAAAUAAAUCCAGAUAAUUAUAAUGAGUUGAUGAGUAGAGGAGAAGAUUACAUGGUUAGACAAAUCAUCAGAAUUGGAAAAUCUAAGGAUGAUAACUUUCAAAAUAUUUUAGCAACGAGAAAGAACAGGUCGGGAAUAGACGACAAUUACUAUGGUAUUUAUAGGGAGAAACAUAUUCCAAAAGGAAUACUCAAAUCUAAGAAUAAGGGUAAAAGAGUUAAAAAUAGACGAAGAAACAGGGGCCGUGAUAAUAAAUCAAGUAAGAGGAAUAGAAAAAACGGUAAGAGAAGAAGAAGAGGAUCCUCAAGAAAUAAAGAAGAAAGUACAAGUAUCAGUGAGACUGAGUCAGAAUCUUCAGAAGUAAUUGCAAACAUUCCCAAAGAUAUAUUCAUUCAAGAUAUAUUGAAUGAAAAGUACGAUUUCCAAAAUAUACUUAAAAAAGAGAGGCUAAAGAGGUUUCAAAAAAUAUUAAAGGAUGCAUUGGCAGCGAGAGUGAAUAAGAUUGAGAAGAAGGGAAAAACGCUUGUUCCAACAAAAAAUGUGGAGAUAUUAAAAUACUCAGUAAUAAAUGAACAGAAAAAUAGGGAUCAGCUAGAAAACGAGUACAAGAAGAAUUUGGAGGAGCAUGCAAAAAUACUGGAUCUUUUAAAGAAGAACCAAGAAAAAUUACGUCAAAAAAUGGAAGAAGAACAUAAGAAGAAGCAGGAAGAGUUAAGGAGAGAUAUGAGAGAUUCUGUGAAUCAACUGGAAGCAGCAUUGGAUACAGCAUCUGGAGCAAUACAAGAAAUUGAAAAAGAGAAAAAAUUUUUGGAUGAAAGGUUGAAAGGUUUGGAGACAGAUAAUAAACAUAUUAGAACACUGAUCAACAUGAAGGAUAAUUAUAUAAAAAAGAUGGAGAAAAAUAGGAUAGAGCUAGAGACAAAACAGGAGAUUGAGAUGAAGGAGAUGAGGGAAUCUUAUGAAAGACAGUUGAGUGAACUGAAGAAAAAUUUGAGCAAAGAUGAUACAAUAUCUGGAUUGAGUAAUAUGGUUAGUAACUUGGAAUAUGAAGCAAAAAAGAAUUUAGAGAAGAUUGAGGAAAAUACUUUGAGUGAUGAGAAGAUUAAACAAGCAAUUGAGCAAAGGCUAAAGGAUAGGGAGAAACAAUUAGAAUUGGCAUACCAAAAACAAAAACAGAGAGAUACUGACUAUUUGAACUAUGUAUUACAGAUUCUUGAGUCAAAAGAGUCAGAAGAGGCAAAGAAAGUUAUUAAAGAACUUAAGGAAAGAAUUCUUGAAUUAGAAGAAAAGCAAGAAGAAUUACAACAUACAAGGGAAGAAUUAGAGAUGAUUAAUAACGACUUGAUUCAAACAGUUGAGGAACAGAACAAAAGUUUGAGAGAAUUGAUGAAGAAGGUAGAAGAUUUGAAAAUCCAAAAGGAAAAAGCUCAAGAUGAAUUAAAUAUUGCAAGAGAAAAGUAUAAUGAUAUUACCCAGGUUGAAAAACGUCUGAAAGAUCAGUUGGAAGAGAUUAAAAGGUCAGGAGCUCCAUCUGAUGAAAUAAUAAAACAUUUGCAAAAAUCUUUAGAUGUUGCUGAAAAGGAAAGAAUGUUAGCAUCUGAAAUUGUUAAAAAUGCAGAAUUAAAUUAUGGUAAUUGUGAGAAUAAUGUAAAAAUAGCAAUGGAAAAACUUGAUAAGAUUAAGGCGAAAGCUGGUACUCAGAAGGAGUUUGAGAAAGAAUUAAAGGCAGAAAUAGAAAAACGUUUGAAUUCCAAUAAAAAUGCUUUGGUAAUGUUUGGCCAAGGAGAAGCUGAACAAGAAGAUUAUUUACUAAGCAGUGAAAUAAAACCAUUAAAUAAAAAAGAGCUUGAAGAGUUGAAUAGAUUAAGAAACUUGGGCCUAGAUGAGCUCUCUGAUGAUGAAAAGAAGAAAUUACUGAUUUUGGGUCAAAGACAAUUAGCUACUAUGGAAUUAUCCGUAGUUUCUACAUUUGGUGAAUUAAACAAUCAGAUAUCUAAAGUAAUGGACAAUGAAGAAAUUGAGAAAAGUAAAGUACUAUGGAAUCAGGUAUCGGAUUCAUCUGUAAAUAGAAUGGAUGUUGAAAAUUCACUUGGAGAAAUUUUGUUAGAGAAAAUUGAGGGCCAGGAGCAGUCUUUGAAUAAUAUGAAGAAUUUAUUGGAAGAAACUCAAAAUACGAUUUCUGAGUUAAAUAAGCAGCUAAUUCUUCAGAGAGAAUUAUCUGGUGAGGCAAAUCAACAUGGGAAAGAUAAUAAGGGUAAAGGGGACGCAAGUACCGGAAUUUCUUCUGAUUUUCAUAUAUAUGAUAAUAGCAACAAUAUCAAUGAAGCCAGAGAAGAAAAAUCUGAUAGAUAUAAACAUCAGGAUGACAAUGAAGAGAGUUCAAAUAAGGUAUUCGAAGAGGUUAGUAACGAUAUUAUUAUACCUGGUGCAGAAAAAACGGAAGAUAUUGGAAAAGAAAUGAAAACUAAAAACUUAAAGGGCUAUUCAAGUGAAAUUAGUUCUCCUCCAUUGCCGGGACAAGGCUUAGAUGCAAGUGAUUAUAAAGAAAAAGUUGAUUUCUAUGCUCAGGAGGAAGAGGAUGAGAAUGAGGUGGGGGAUGAAGAUUUGAGUGCAUUAAAGUUUAAGAAAGAAUUAGAAAAUAAAAUUAAGGAAAUGAGUGAGAAAAGUAACUCAUCAAAUAAAGAAAGCACUGUUGAACAGUCUUCUGAGGAAUCAGUACAAGAAAAAAUACUUGACCAGGAAAAGAAUAAGAUCAAGGAAGAAGAGGAGCAGCCUAAUCAGGAUUUUUCAAGGAAAAGAAGUGACUCGUUAUCAUCUAAUUUGGGUAGAAAGGAACGUUUAAAUACUCCAAUAUCGGUUCAAAAGAUUACAAGUGAUUUUCCUGAAGUUGAUUUGAAGAAUACAUUGGUUGGAAAUACUGAAUAUGAAAAGAAUGUAAACCAGCACAACCAUCCCCUGGAAAAAACUGAAAAUGGUUUUUCAGAGAGUUUGUAUAUGCUGCAUGAUGUUCAGAAUGAAAGACCUCCAUCAUCUGGAAUAACUUGUGAUAAUAUUAUUAAUACAAUUAAAAGAAAUUUAGAUAUAUUUUCUCGGUCUUUUGAUUCUGGAAAGUUACAAAGUCAAAAUGAAGUAAUGACAAGAACAGUAUUACCAGGAAUGCAGUAUGAUGAAUGUUAUAAUUCCACAAUGAUAACUUUCGAAAAUUUCCAAGAAAAGAUGACAGAAAAUGGAGUUUUUAUACGUGUUUUUGUUUUACUAACAGACUUUAUGGAUACUUUAAUGAUUGGUGAUACUAGUAGAACUGGAUAUAUAAUGAGUAAUAUACCACCUGUGAUAUAUAGGGUAUUAGGAAAUACAAUUAGUAGUGGAAGUAACGAAAAAACACAAAAUGGUCAAACACCAGAAACAAUUGAAACUGUCAUUAAUAAUUUCCCUUCAGAGUGGAUACAUGAACAUAUGAGAACUUGUAAAGAAGUUUUAUCAGGAAAAAGUUUGGAUGCAAUCACAAAAUCUAGAAGUAUUUCAAGUCCGAAUAUAUUUUCACCUAUGAGAUCAUCAUCUUCAUUAAACAUGAGUCAUAAUUACGAGGGAUUAAAGAAUUUACCACCUAUAUUUUUGGCAAAUAUUGAGGUAUCACCAAGACCAGAUAAAGAACCUUGUAUUCGAAUUAUUAAAAGAAUUAAACAGAGGAUAUCGGAAGUUAAUGGAUUAUUAAUAAGAAAAAGAGAAUUACAAGAAAAAUUAAAGAUUAAAGAUGCUCAAGAAAAGCUCUUUAUAUUUACUUUUGAAGAUACUUUACCAUAUAAUUUAUCAAGUCCAGGUACUUCUCAGUAUUGUGAAAAAUAUUUAUCUGAGCUAUUCAUUAAAAUGAAUAAUAUGGAGUGGAGAGCAAAGCCAAGGAAUAAUUCUUUGGUUAGGUUAAUUACAAUUCCAACAUCUUCUGACCCUUUAAAGACCAGUAUCCAAGAUGAGAAUCAAAUUAACUUAAAUGAAUGGAAAAAAGAAGCAUUAAGACUUGCUUUUGAUUCAUCAAUAACAAAUGAAUGGAUGGGAAACUCUCUAGUAGAAUAUUUAACUAAUAAAAGAAUAACAAAAAAUUCUGGAUUUUUAUCCAAUGAAUUGGCUAAAACUCUGAUUAUUAAAUUACUUGACACUAUCAGUUUAAAAGAUGAUUCAAGUAAAGAAAUUUUGAUGCAACAUGGAUGGGGUAUAGGAGGAACAGGACCAGGCACAGUAAAUGGAGGAUCAGCAUCAGGAUCAGAUGAGGGAGUAUUAAAUAGGAUAUUUAAUAAUAUUCAAGAUACAAUAUCAGCAAAAGCUAAUGGAAAUACUGUAAAUGAUAAGAGGUUUAAAACUAUUCCUGGAGUUAUAUUAAUUUUAAGAACAAGUGAUCAAAUCCCUCCUAAUACUAUUAUUAAUCCUUUAUUAUUAUCACUGAAACCAGACGAAUCUCCUUAUAUGAUUGAAACAAUUAAAAGUAAAAAUGCAGAGGAAUGA